ACACAACACACAAACACACACUUUUGAGAUGUAAUUCUAAAGGAAGCCAAAGGCAAAGCUUAAAAAGGAUGGUAUUAUAAAUAUAUAUAUAUAUAUAUAUAUAUAUAUAUACAUGCAUCGGCAUCGGCAUCAUUGGUAACACAAAUUUUUGGAGCCCAAAAGAAUAGAACCCUUUUUCACUUUCGCUUUCAUUAUAAUUUCCUUUCAAUUCCAUUUCUAUACAUCUCUUUGAUCUCUGCAUCAAAAACUUCAUACUCUCUCUCUCUCUUUAUGAGAAAACAGAACAACCAAAACAGAGAUUUAAAUCCCCGCCCAUGAAGAACACCAUUAGAUGCUGCAUCUCCUGCAUACUCCCAUGUGGCUCUCUCGACGUCAUCAGAAUCGUCCAUUGCAACGGCCACGUCGAGGAAAUCGCCGGUACCAUCCGGGCCAGUGACGUCAUGAAGGCCAAUCCUAAACACGUCCUCAAAAAACCCUCCUCCCCCACCUCCGACGAUCGCGUCGUCCCCAAGAUCGUGAUCCUCCCGCCUGACGCCCAGCUCCAACGAGGAAAAAUUUACUUUCUCAUGCCCCUUCCUCCAGCUCCGGAAAAGCCCCGGUCCAAAUCUCUGACCACCAAGAAGAAGAAGAAGGAAUUACCCGGAACCGGUGUCGGUUCGGGUAUAUCAGUGACGAAUUUGGUAGUUUCGGAUCGGUACCUGAGUGAAAUUCUGUCGGAGAAAUUGACGACGGCUCAGAAGGAUAAGCGGCGGGGACGGGUCGGAGUGUGGAGGCCUCAUUUAGAGAGCAUUUCUGAGUUCCCAACUGAUCUUUAAAUGGAAUUUGACGGAGGAGAGUUUUUUUUCUUCCCGAAAUUGAUUCAUUUUCUUAAUUUUCUUUAAAAAAAAAAAAAAUCUAAAUCUCUCUGUUUGAUCAUGAAUAUAUAUAUAUAUAUGUGUACAAAUGAAGAUUUGAGGGGAAAUUAUGAUUCUGCUGCCGGUGGGUUACAGGUGAAGAUCUGAACUGGAGGAUGUAAAUUGGAGGGUUGAGAUAUGUGAUUGAGAUCGUUUUGGUUAGUAAUUGGCAACGGAAUAUAUAUUAUAUGUGUUUGUAUUUUGAUUUAGACAACUGAGGGGGGGAAGGACUUACAUUAAUCUCUGGGGAUUGUUAUCAGAAUUCAUAAUUUUCGCUUUAUGUUUCGAGUAUAAUUUUGUUGUGGUGUCUGUGAUGUGAUUCUUUUGGACCUGGGAAUAAUCUAAUUGCUAUUAUAGUUUACUAUA